CAGUGCCAUCUGGGAGUGAGGGCGGGUUAUAUAACAUGGCGGCUCUGAGAGCGACAGUGGGGAGCGGGCGUCUUCUCCUCCACACUCGGCAGAAAACCUUCUACCUCUGCAAGGCCAGGAUGUCCUUUGCUAACCUGUCCCGUGGAAAGAAGAUAGCGUUGUCUACACUAGGUGUCCUUGCUGCGGGGGGCAGUGCACUUGCCUUGACACUGCAUCACUCUGUGUACGCAGACCUGGAGCUCCAUUCUCCUAGCUAUCCCUGGAAUCACGGGGGGUUCUUAUCUGCGCUUGAUCAUGCCAGUGUUCGUCGUGGUUAUCAGGUAUACAAGCAGGUCUGUGCAGCCUGUCACAGCAUGGAAUAUGUGGCCUUUCGAAACCUGGUUGGAGCGACACACACACAGGAAGAGGCCAAGGCUCUAGCCGAGGAGAUUGAAGUGCUGGAUGGACCAGAUGAAAGUGGAGAAAUGUUCACUCGUCCUGGAAAACUCUCUGAUUAUUUCCCUCGACCGUACCCCAAUUCUGAGGCUGCAAGAGCAGCAAAUAAUGGAUCUCUUCCACCCGACCUCACGUACAUUGCAAAUGCCAGACAUGGUGGUGAGGAUUAUAUCUUCACCUUGCUCACUGGUUACUGUGACCCUCCUGCUGGCAUCAGUCUCCGAGAAGGGCUACAUUACAACCCGUACUUCCCUGGUCAGGCUAUUGGAAUGGCCCCUCCAAUCUAUGAUGAAGCCGUUGAGUAUGAGGAUGGUACCCCAGCCUCGAUGAGUCAGAUCGCUAAAGAUGUCUGCACAUUCCUGCGUUGGACUGCCGAACCAGAACACGACCAGCGUAAAAGCAUGGGCCUGAAGCUGCUGAUGUUCUCGGCUCUGCUUUGGCCACUGCUUUACUACAUGAAGAAGCACCGAUGGUCUGUUUUAAAGAGUAGGAAGAUUGCCUACAGACCUCCAAAAUAACUCGACAUCAGGGAUACUCAACUCCAGCAGCGCUUGACCGCCUGCAUUCUCAGCCAACAUGUAUAGUUUCUGGGUGGGGGCCGGGGGGGGGGGGGGGGGGAUCAAAAAUAAUGAACAGACAUUCAUCAGGGAUUUAUUAAAGCAUAGCACUAUUAAUAGUAAUAUCUAUUGUCACACUCAUGGGAUCAAUGGGUGGAUUGCUGGCUGUGAUUAAACCAAUGCUCCAACAAACAAUGACUUCCAAACCUAAAUGUGCUCCAUUGGCUGUCCAACAGCAACCUUUUAAAAAUAUCAGCGGUUUUAGAAAUAAAUUUGGAGCAACGCUGCCAUCCAGUAGCUGGUGAAUAUUGUCUUUCACUAAUAAUAACAGAAUACAAACCUUGGCUUUUGGUCUUCACAGAAUUCAAUCUUCAAAUAGGGUAGGGAUUUUGGAGUCCUAUUUAUUAAACAUGGACAUCAUGCAUAAGAUGUGGGAAGAAAAUUCCCUGGCCUCACUGGGGCUUCCUGGAGAUUUUAAUGCUGGUGGAGUAGCACUGAGAAUCAUGCCCCAAGUCUGCAGGUUCUAAGUGCUGGUCUUAUUGGAGAAAUGCUCUCUGAGAAAACUCGCUGUUCUGAACCAUUAACAAGCAGUUGGAAUCCCCUCAUUGUGUCUGUCAUAAGGAGAGUCAAUCUCAUUUUAAUUUACUUCCAGAGUACAUUGUUUUUGAUGUGUGUUUGGUCCUACUGUGAGUUGAAGGAUUCCUCCUUUAAAUCAUUACUAUACACAGCAUUUGUGUAAAUAUUUAAUAAGUUGAAAUGUUUAAUAAAUACUAUGCUGCGGA